AUGGCAUUACAAUUCUUUGUUUCGUUCUCGGCUUGGCCUGCGGUUUCUAUCCUGAUCGGCGCAAUUAUCCUCCUCAUUCUCACCCAUCGUCGCUAUAGUACGGCAAUCAGUGACAUCCCCGGACCAUUCUUAGCAUCCUUUACACGUCUGUGGCAUAUUAAACACUUGAUAAGUGGUGACCACCACCUUCAAGUUGUCAGGUUGCAUGAGAAUCAUGGUCACUUUGUCCGUAUAUCUCACAACGAGGUUAGCAUCAGCCACCCUGAAGGCAUUCGCAAGAUCCUCCAUAGUUCCUUGAAUAAGGGCCCAUGGUAUAACAUAGCGGCUGUGCCGGACUAUCGAUUCCAGAAUCCUUUCUCAACUUUGGUUUCUGGCCAUAAGAAAGAAAGGUCCAAACUUUUCGCAUCUGGUUAUACCAUGACCAAUUUACUUCAAGCUGAAAAAGAUAUUGAUGCUCACUUUCAAAGUUUAAAGCGAUGGAUGAACAAGUUUGCAAAGGAGCAACGGCCAGUGCAUUUGGACAAGUUUAUCACCUACACGACUUAUGAUGUUGCUGGCGAGAUGUUAUUUUCUAAACCAUUUGGCUUCUUAAAGGCUGGCUACGAUAUCAACAACACAAUAGCCAACACCGCUAACUUGAAUCUGUACGUCGUAAUUGCUGGCUUCGUUAAUUGGCUUCACAUCAUACUGGUUGGAAACCCCAUUAUAACAACAGCAAGAGUUUUGCCAAUGGGCCACCUCUAUAACACGGCAAUGAACGCACUGGAUCAAAGACAACAUAACUUAGAUGCGCGGUUUGACAUUUUAGCGCACUGGUUCAAAACACACCAAGAUCAGCCAGAAAAGUUGACUGUGCAUGAUAUCCGCGCCAAUACAGCAGUCAACGUUGGGGCAGCCUCCGACACUGUAUCAAUAGCAAUUCAAUCCUUCAUUUACCAUCUGAUUCGAAAUCCAGCUGCUUGCCAACGUUUGCGCGAGGAGAUAGAUGCUGCUUCUUCGAAAGGCCUAUGCCAGACAGCGAUAAUUUUAUUUGAUGAUGCGAGGAGGUUGCCAUAUUUGCGGGCGUGCAUCAACGAGUCUCUUCGCAUAUUUGGGCCAUCUGGCUUCAAUUUUCCUCGAGUUGUCGGAAAGGACGCCGUCACUAUUAGUGGGCGCACAUUCCCGGAAGGUACAAUCCUCUCAGUGAACCCAUGGGCCAUACACUUUUCAAAGGAAAUCUGGGGCCAUGAUGCACACGAGUUCCGUCCUGAGAGGUGGUUAGCAGAAAGUGCUGCGACAAGAGAACAGUAUUUGGUAGCAUUUGGCGCCGGCUACGCGGCAUGCCCGGGUCAGAACUUGGCUAGGAUCGAGUUGACCAAACUAUGCGCGACACUUUUUCGUGACUACGAUAUUCGUCAGGUGGACCCGAGCCAGCAGUGGAAAUGGAAGGCGCGAGUCACGAUCAUGCCGCAUUCAUGGCCAGUGUAUAUCCAGAACCGAGAGUCCAAGCAGUGGCGGUAUAAAGAAGAUGAUGAGCUGGAAACAUGA